UUUUUGCUUUCGAUUUGAUGGACCGGCGGUGAAGAGGGGGCCUGGGAUUCGUGGGCUUCGACCGCCGGUGAUGGGGGGCCUGGGAUUCGUGGGACCGGCGGUGAACUGGGCUUCGACCGUCGUUCGGGUUGGGGUUGGGAUUCGUGGGUGAGGGUGGUUCGGGUUGGGGUUUUCGUGGGUGAGGGUGGUUCGGGUUGGGGUUGAUCGUUGGUGAGGGUGGUCGACGGCCGUGGGUGAGGGUGGUUCGGGUUGGGGUUGAUCGUGGGUGAGGGUUUUCGUGGGUGAGGGUGGUUCGGGUGAGGGUGGGCGGUUGGGGUGAGAUAGAGAGAGAGAGAGAUGAUGCAGAGAGAGAAUAUUGUGAGGGGGGUAUUUUUGGGGUUUUGAAAAAAAAGUAUAGUUUUUUUAGGUUUUAAAUUUUUGGUUUAGGGAAAAAAUUUUAAGAUUUUCUUAGUAUAGAAAAUCAAAUUAUUUCCCUUUUAGUAAAAGUAAUUUAACAUCAAAACACACAUACAUGCACACCAUCAAUAUCUUGUGAAUCCACUAUGAAACAAGAAAAGAAUACACCCAUUGACAGUGGUGGCGGACCUUAGAAUUUUCACCAGUGGGAUGCAAAAUUUAAAUAAAAGGAUUGUUUUUUUUUUUUUGAAAAGAAUAAAAAGAUUAUUAAUUGCGAUAUUUUAUUACAUUUUUUUUUUUUUAAAUUUUAUACAUAGUAAUAGUAGUGUUUGUUAUAUUUAUAACAUCUUUAAAGAAUUGUCUUUAACAAGUUUUUUUGGAAUUUUCUAAAAGUAUAUAGGAUGUAUCCUGUACGAGUACCCUAAAAAAAGGGUGUACUUACUACAGCGUACGACCAUGAACUUUUACUAAAAUUCUUCUUAACGAAACAAACAAAAGGGUGAACAAUAGAAUUUUUUUUUAUAUUAUAUACUAUUUUUAGUAGUCGUAUUUUUUGUUGAUAUACUUUUCGAUCAAAUCAUAAUUUAAUUUAUAACUUCCUUCCACUAAAGGAGGAAUGACUUUCGGCAGAAACUUCUUAGUAUAAUUCACCAAAAACUAGAACAUCUCUCUUCUUCUCCAUCUUAUUAUUCUUCUUAAAAAUGUUAUCACUUGCUUCUGAACCCCCACCAUUAAUCAAUCCCACACAACCAUCGGUGCCCGUGUCUUACCCGAUCAAAACCCUUGAAGAGCUUGAGUCGAGAUCUUACUUUGACUCAUUUCACUACCCAUUCAACAAAGCUUCGGUUCCAGUAAUUCAACAUGGAACGACGUCGUCCGAUAGGCCUCAGCUGCUUGUGUGCCAUGAUAUGGCUGGUGGGUAUGGAGACGAUAAAUGGGUCCAGGGGCAGGGAGGGACUAAUGGCCGCAAGGCUUAUUCUAUAUGGCAUUGGCAUCUCAUCGAUAUUUUUGUCUACUUCUCCCAUAAUCUUGUUUCUCUUCCUCCUGUUUCAUGGGUUAAUACAGCUCACCAACAUGGCGUUAAGGUACUGGGGACUUUCAUUGUUGAAGGGGAUAGUGGUGAAGAGAGAGCUAUUGUUGAGAAGUUGCUCGAAACAGAAGAAUCAUCUCAAAUGUAUGCUGACAGGUUGACAGAACUAGCUCUCAAUUUGGGCUUUGAUGGAUGGCUGCUCAAUAUGGAAGUUACAUUAAUGAGGAGCCAAAUUCUUGUUCUGAAAACAUUUAUAAGCCAUUUGACUCAAACUAUGCAUUCAAAAAUUUCAGGUUCUUUAGUCAUAUGGUCCAAGGAUUCCAUCAACAAUUCUUGGUUUUUAUCCUGAUCAUAGAAUUCACGUCUCUAAGUCACGAUAUUCACUUCUACUAGUAGCAUUGACUCCAAGCCAUAUGCUAGCGAGAACGAAGUGUGCCUUAUUGCUAUUUUUUUUAGUUGUCUAAUGGGCCCAAAGAACUUGUGGUAACUCGCCUAUCCAUCUUCUUUUUUUUGCACCAAGCUUCUUGUUUUGCACCAAGCUUCUUUUUUAUAAUGUUUUUAAGAUUUUUGUUUGCUGCCUCUACCUGUCUGCGGCCGAGACAUAGAUGAGAAACUUUUUGUAAUCUUGUUCCACUCAUAAGACUUUGUGAAUAGAUCACUGUCAAAUUGAGUUCCAUUAUCCAACACUAUCUUAAUGGGUAUUUCAAACUGACAAAUUAUGUUUUUCAUUACAAAGUCUACGACUUUCUUCAAAAUGAUAGAGACUAAAGGUUCAAAUUUGUCCAUUUUGUGAAGAAAUCAACCGCAACUACUGCAUAUUUAGCUCUUCCUCGCCUUUUUGGUAAUGAAAAUUAGAUCUAUUCCCUAAAAUGUAAAGGGAUAAGGUAAGUUCAUCAUUCAAAGUUUUGUUGGAGAUGUUCGAGGGAUAUGAGAGAAUCUCUGACAUUUGUCACACUUCUUCAUGAACUCGUGAGUAUCUUUAUUAAUAGUUGGCCAGUAGUAUCCUUGUCGAAUUAUAAUCUUGGAUAAACUUUUCCAUCCAGCAUGGUCCUCACAGAAACCUUCAUGUAUUUCUUUUAUGAUGCUUUUGGCUUUUUCUAGUAAUACGUGGCAUGAAAUAGCUUCUUCGAUAAAGCUUACCUUCUACGAUUGUAUACCUUGGGACCUUGUACAUGAGUUUUUUGGCCUCAUUUUUAUUAGAUAGAAGCUUCCCUGUCAAUAAAUAGUUUAUUAUUGAUGUCAUUCAAGUUGGAUUUGCAUCAAUUAUCUCCACAUCCUGGUCAUCCAUUUUGACAAUACUUGGUUCUUUGAGUUUUUCAAUGGGAACCAAAUUGAGGUUAUCCAUCUUAAGCUGUGAAGUUAGCUUUGCCAACACAUCAGCAUUAGAGUUGUGCUCUCUUGGAACUCUCUUGAUAUUGUAAUAAUCGAAUUUUCUAAGUUUUUUUGAACCUUCUCUAAAUAUUUAGCCAUUUUAAUAUCUUUUGCUUGAUAUUCCCCAAGUACUUGAUUUACUGUCAGCUGAGAGUUGUUGAAAUAAUAGAUUUCUUUAACUUUUAUGACUUUUGGAAUCCUUAGUCCUACCAGUAAUGCUUCAUACUCGUCCUUAUUGUUAGAAGCAUGAAAUUGAAAUAUCAAUGCAUAGUGAAAUCUAAAGCUCUCAAGAGAAAUCAAAAUGAUUCCUGCCCCCGAGCCACUAUCAUUUGACAAGCCGUCUACAAAAAGUUUUCAGAUCUUUUGGUCUAAGUCCUCCCCAACAUU